AUGAAGCGCGCCGCGCCCUCGCCCCCGGCCCCGCUGCCGCUGCCGCUCCUGCUGCUCGCCGGCCUCUCGCUGCUGGCGGCCCCAGCGGGCGCGGACGUCCCCAUGGAGGCUUGCUGUGCAGAUGGACAUCAAAUGGCCACCCAGCACAGGGACUGCUCGCUGCCAUACGCCUCGGAAUCCAAGCAGUGCAGGAUGGUCUGGGAGCAGUGCUGCCACAGCCAGCUGGAGGAGCUGCACUGCGCCACCGGCAUCAACCUGGCCAACGAGCAGGACAGCUGCAGCGAGCUGCCCAGCAACGCCAGCCUUGAGGCCGUGUUCGUGAAGAGGUGCUGCCACUGCUGCCUGCUGGGGAGGGAGGCCCAGGCCCAGGGCAAGAGCUGCGAGUACAACCUCAUGGUCGGCUACCAGUGCGGGCUGGUCUUCCGGGCCUGCUGCGUCAAGGGCCAGGAGACUGCCGACUUCGCCCCUGCAGACAAUGGGGACCUCCAAGAGACAGCUAAGGUGUCUCAGGCGGAGGAGGAGCAGGAGGACCCAUACCUGAACGACCGCUGCCGAGGCGGCGGGCCCUGCAAGCAGCAGUGCCGAGACACGGGCAAGGAGGUCGUCUGCUCCUGCUUCGUGGGCUACCAGCUGAUGCCCGACGGCUUCUCCUGCGAAGACGUCAACGAAUGCAUCACGGGCAGCCACACCUGCCGGCUUGGAGAGUCUUGCAUCAAUACCGUGGGCUCUUUCCGCUGCCAGAGAGACAGCAGCUGUGGGACUGGCUAUGAGCUCACGGAGCACAAUGACUGCAAAGAUAUUGACGAGUGUGACAGUGGUAUUCAUAACUGCCUCCCCGAUUUUAUCUGUCAGAAUACUCUGGGAUCCUUCCGCUGCCGACCCAAGCUGCAGUGCAAGAGCGGCUUUAUACAAGAUGCUCUAGGCAGCUGUAUUGAUAUCAAUGAGUGUUUGAGUGUGAGCGCCACGUGCCCCGUCGGGCACACGUGCAUCAACACGGAGGGCUCCUAUGCGUGCCAGAAGAACGUGCCCAACUGUGGCCGUGGCUACCAUCUCAACGAGGAGGGGACCCGCUGUGUGGAUGUGGAUGAGUGCUCGCCGCCCGCUGAGCCCUGUGGCCCGGGGCACCACUGCGUGAACACCCCUGGAAGCUUCCGCUGCGAGUGCAACGCUGGUUACUAUUUCGACGGCAUCAGCAGGACGUGUGUGGACAUCAACGAGUGCCGGCGCUAUCCCGGGCGCCUGUGCGGCCACAAGUGUGAGAACACGCCAGGCUCCUUCCACUGCAGCUGCUCCGUGGGCUUCCGGCUGGCGGCCGAUGGCCGUUCCUGCGAAGACGUGAACGAGUGCAACAGCAGCCCCUGCAGCCAGGAGUGCGCCAACGUCUACGGCUCCUACCAGUGUUACUGCCGCCGAGGCUACCAGCUCAGUGACGUGGACGGGGUCACCUGCGAAGACAUCGACGAGUGCGCCCUGCCCACCGGGGGCCACAUCUGCUCCUACCGCUGCAUCAACAUCCCUGGGAGCUUCCAGUGCAGCUGCCCCUCGUCCGGGUACAGGCUGGCGCCCAACGGCCGCAACUGCCAAGACAUUGACGAGUGUGUGACCGGCACACACAACUGCUCCAUCAACGAGACCUGUUUCAAUAUCCAGGGCAGCUUCCGCUGCCUGUCCUUCGAGUGUCCAGAGAAUUACCGUCGCUCCGCAGACACGCCCCACCAGGACAAGACAGACACCAUCCGCUGCAUCAAGUCCUGCCGCCCCAAUGACGUCUCCUGCAUGUUGGACCCCGUGCACACCAUCUCCCACACUGUUGUCUCGCUGUCCACCUUCCGCGAGUUCACCCGCCCAGAAGAGAUCAUCUUUGUCCGGGCCAUCACACCAGCCUACCCCGCCAACCACGCUGACAUCAUCUUCGACAUCACGGAAGGGAACCUGCGGGACUCCUUCGAUAUCGUCAAGCGCUACAUGGACGGCAUGACCGUGGGUGUCGUCCGCCAAGUGCGGCCCAUCGUGGGCCCGUCUCACGCCGUCCUGAAGCUGGAGAUGAGCUACGUGGUCAGGGGCGUGGUAUCCCACCGAAACAUCGUCAACGUCCAUAUCUUUGUCUCUGAGUACUGGUUCUGAGGGCCAGUCCAUGGCACAGCAACGUCUGCACCUCCAGGCCAAGUCAUUGCUGCCAACGACUGUGCCCUGUCCCUGUUUAUGCCACCCAGACACUUCUAGAUUUUAUGCAUUUGAUUGUAGUUUUAGGCUGACAUGUAUUAAGCUGGGCCAGAUGAGUAAGUCUAUCUGAUGUGUUUUGGUGCUGAAAUAAUGAGUCCAAUUACACGACUGUUUGGCCAAAUGCCUUGCUCAUUUUCUAAUGCAAAGGUCACAUUUUGUUGCCUUUACAUUGCCUGUGGGCUGGGCAUUGCUAAGGACCAAGGAAAGGCAGGCAUUUUUCAGGGGCAACUACUCACAGUGCCAAGAAAAGACUAGUUUUUGCCCUGAUUGUAUUAAAUUUGACAUUUGGUACCUUCUUUGCCAGUCAGGUUUUGUAGGGCCAAUUCUAGGGACACAGCUGUGUGGUCUAGCAGGCAUGACACAAUGGCCCACACAACACUUGGAUGGUGACUUGCAGUCUGUUGAAAUGGAAAAUCCCCGUUGGUAAGGACACAGGCCGUUAGGUCGUGUGUGGCCUGUCUGUUGACCAGGAGAACGGCAAAGUUUUCCCCACUCCCUGCAUCCGUCUUGUCUUACA